AUGAACCUCGUCUUCUCGCUUGUGGAGUCGAUAUCAGACACGUGGAAGACGAUGGGAUUCUGGAUAUUCCUCCUCCUUACUUGUAAUUUUUUAUCCUUAAUCCCCUGGACGUGCGGCCAGGAGGCAUACCCAUGCCCCCCGAGCGAGGAUAUUUCCCCCUGCAGCUGCGAGUACGACGCUCCCUCUUUCAUCUCCGUCGACUGUACCUUUGCGAACACGAGUCAAAUCAUCUCCGCCUUCAAUGGCGUCGCCUGGUUCCCGAACCUCACGAACUUCUACGUGUGGUAUAACGACUGGGUGACAGAGCUCCCCGAAGGAGUCUUCGGAACUGUCACCUUCGAGAGGAUACAACUGAACGGCGUCCGGAACCUGAACUCCGUCCACCCGUCGGUCAUACUCGAAUCGAAAGACAGACUCCAACAGCUUCUCAUCUGCGAUUGCCUCCUGGAUCACUUCCAAUGGGACAUCCUCUCCCAGUUGACGGAGCUCAAAUUUUUCGGUCUGUGCGACUCCGACGUGACGGACCUGCCAGUCUUCGACAGUCUAAUCCUCGAGGGUCUCUACCUUCCGGGCAAUCGCAUCUCCACGUUCGAAGCUGGAUGGUCCACCCCCAACAUCAAGUAUUUGGACAUGGGUGCGUAA